AUGUCAUCCGCCAGUCUUCAUCCCCCCAACAAAAAUGCCAAAACACCAAGUCCCCUGCCCCAGCUCUUACAGACACCAUCCGGCCUAGCUCUCCUAGAGCUCCAAGGUGUAGUCAACAUGCCCAAGAACGCCGAAGGCGAGCCAGCCAACAGCAUCGAAAUUGGGAGAAUAGACUUCCCUGACUACGUCCCGGACGCCGAGGGCUCCGCGUGGAUGAAGCGGGUGCAUCUCUACGUCGGACAGCACCAGCGUCUCACGGGUGAGGUCAAGAAGUUGCCGAAAGCCAUGGCUGUGGUGCGGCGGAGGGAGAAUGGCACCGUCACUGGCUCUGGGGGUGAGUCGAAGGAGCAGGGUGAUAAUCUUGAGGUGGUAGAGAUCGUCAAGUACAAGCUCAUGUUUUCGAAUCGACCCGAGCCUGUUGGAACGGCAAAUGCUUCAUGA